AGAUGAAGCUCUGACAGUUUGGGCAGGUAUCCAUGAUUUCACAAAGAAAGGGAGAACUAUCCGCAUUUAUGUGAAGUCCUAUUAAGUGCAUUCAGACCGCACAACUGGUAAUAAGGCUGAUGUCAUGGUUUUGGAGGCGGUGAGUGGAAGACGAUCCAGACAUUCAGAUCACAGCCUGAGUGAAAAAUACCAAACAUUACAUCUUGAACACAGAGUUAUAGCGCCUGAAUAGGAUUUUCAUCUUCAUCAUGAUCAUCAUCUAUCUGGUCCUGUUGGGAUUUCUACUUCCACACUUGAGCUUCUCUGCCAGUGUGAAGGUGGGUAUAGUGAAUGGCACUGAAGCACGACCUCACUCCAGACCUUACAUGGUUUCUAUUCAGAAGGAUGGAAGACAUGUCUGUGGUGGAUUCCUCAUUUCUUCUCAAUUUGUCUUGACUGCAGCUCAUUGCAAAAGCGAUGGAGCUUUGACAGUUUUGGCAGGUGUACAUGACUUAACAAAGAAAGGAGAUACUAUGCGCUUUUGUGUGAAGUCCUAUUACCAGCAGGCUGACCUCAUGAUUUUAGAGCUGGAUGAAAGAGUCAAACUAAAUGAGUACAUCAAAAAGAUCCGCUUACCAACGAAACCAACAGAAAGUAUAGUGGAUACUAACUGCAGUGUUUUAGGCUGGGGACUUAAGAGUAUUUAUGGGCCCAUAAGUCUAAUCCUCCAGGUGGCAAAUGUGAAGCUUAUGAGUGAUGAUAUCUGUGAACGUCAAUGGGGCCAGAAGUACCUAAAUUCACAGAUGAUGUGUGUGUAUGGCUAUGGAGGAUCCUGUAAAGGGGAUUCAGGAGGUCCUUUGGUUUGUGGCGACACAGCAGUUGGUGUUACGUACUUUGGUAGCAUGUACAACUGCAACGAUCCGGAUCGUUUUAAUGUUUAUACAAAAAUUUCAGCAUUUCUUCCAUGGAUCAAGAAGAUAACUAGAAGAUCUGACUGAGUUGAAAAAGGAUUUCAUUUUUUUUUAUAAUUCUUUCUCCCCUACACAUCCGUUAGACUGCAGCGAAUAAAACUGUAAACUUUUUUCCCUGUUAUGUCACAGAGUUGGACGUGUUUAGUGGUUGAAUUUAUAUGAAUUUCUUCAGAAAUGUACUUUCUAUUAAAAAAUGCCUUUUGUCGACUGAAAAUGAA